AUGUCUCGCCGAAAUAAUAGAGAUCAAGAGGCUAGUCUUCUGCAAGGUCGCGAUCGAGUAUCCCUAGAUUCGGAUUCAGAUUCAGAUUCUUCCACUUCUUCCAGUGACGAUACCACAUGCGAACCGGCAUCAUCCUCCACUGCCAAACCAAGAACUGUUGGCGCCCGUGGCACCGCCGACCAUCCGAGCGACGCUUCCGAUCUUGACACGAAACGCCACGAUCGCAAUAAGAAUACAAAGUCCAAGUCCAAGUCUGAUAGCGAGUGGCUGGAGCUGGACGAUAUGAAUCCCAAUGACCAGCGUCGCCCAAACUACCAUCGUCAUGGCGGUGGUAAGUCUGGAGAACCCCUUCUUUUUAAGGAAGAUGACCCUGAGCGCGGUCGCGCUGGCUAUUCGCCUACCAGCGAAACCGGACGACGACCUAGCCAGGGAUCAAGGGGAUCCAGCGAGGACGAUCUUCCCUAUCAUCCAAAUGAGAUAAUGGGACGACCAAGUUUGAGCCGACGGUCCACGAUGCGCAGCCGUAGCCCUCAAGCCGCUGCCGAAGCUGCCGCGGACUCGACCAAGCAGCGUUACACGUACGCAGGAUUCUUCCUUAUCGUCAGCUUAAUCGCUUUCUGCGUCCAGACAGAAUUGAGCGCACAUAUCCAGCAUAACCUUGGGUGGGAUAAAGCUUAUUGUAUGAUGUUUUUCACUCACGGUUCUUGGAUUGUUUUAUGGCCAGUUCAACUCCUUAUCCUGCGCUUCCAGAAGCGUGAAGUGCCAUGGCCCGUCUUCUGGAAAAGACACAAGCAUCAAUUGCGCACUACUGCCAUUAUGAUCGAGAAGCAGACCCUCGAUGUAUUCCACAUAUCGAUCCGACACCGCGCUCGGCCUGUUCGUUAUUUCGUUCGUUUCACCGCCAUUAUCACUUGCGCCUUGACUGUUGCAGGGUUGAGUUGGUACAUUGCUGUUAGUCUGACCACGCCCUCGGAUCUAACGGCGAUCUACAACUGCUCCGCUUUCUUUGCAUACGUUUUCUCUGUCCCUAUACUUCACGAGCCGCUGCGUCUCGAUAAAUCAGUCGCUGUUCUUAUUGCUAUUGGUGGUGUCCUUGUUGUUGCUUAUGGUGAUACCAAGGAGGGAACCGAGAGUGUCGAAGCUGGAAACCGAUUCUUUGGUAACCUAGUUAUCGGUAUUGGUUCCGUUCUGUAUGGCCUUUAUGAGGUUUUGUACAAGCGAUAUGCGUGCCCACCUGAGGGCUGCUCACCCAGUCGAGGCAUGAUCUUUGCCAACACGUUCGGUUCUUUGAUCGGUCUUUUCACUCUUACGGUCCUCUGGAUUCCUCUUCCUCUCCUCGAUUGGCUGAACAUUGAAAAGUUCGAGAUCCCUGAAGCUUCGACCUGCUGGCUCAUUCUCCUUGCUGUACUUUCCAACGCCACUUUCAGCGGAUCAUUCCUCGUUCUUAUUUCCCUAACAUCGCCUGUUCUGUCAUCAGUAGCUGCGCUACUCACCAUCUUCCUAGUCGCAAUUGUCGAUUGGUUUAUUACUGGAGAGCCCCUGAGCUUUGCAGCAAUUGUCGGAGGCGCAAUGAUUAUCGUGGCCUUCUUAGGUCUGACGUGGAGUACAUAUCGCGAGAUGAAGGAGCAUGCAGCGAGGGAGCCUAUUGCGGAUUUCACAGACAGCGACAAGGAUGGCGACAUCGACAGUGACGACGACUAA